UUUUAAUCCGUCAAUUCUAUUUGCAGCAGAUUUUAUAUAAAAUUGUCACAGACAGCUGCUGUUUGUAAGAUUUUAUUAAUAUUAAAAUAAUUUUUGUACAUACAAAAUUUUUAUGUGAUUUGGUAGUCAUUGCUGUCCCUCUUUAACCCUUUUUAUAUUAGUGUCAGGGAAACUAAUGUUAGGGUUUAAAUAGAGUAGUCCCAAAACAACAACUAGUAGUAGUACACAGUGGACUGUCUUAUCAACUAAAGUGUUGUUAGCUACCCCCUUCCUCUUUGAGGGACCCGUUGUAAUCUUCUUGUUUAGCUUGCAAGUGGAUUUGGGCUUAUCACAAAUCCUCCAAUAAUAGUUACAAUUCAAGAAAAUAUUGUAUGUCACUGCAUAUUUUCUUGUUAAGAAAUUUUGUUAAUAAGCUCUAAAGCAUCGGAUCCCAUAAGAAUUUUGAAGUUAAAGAGUGCUUGGGUAAGAGUAGUAGUAGGAUGGGUUAUCCUCUGACAUGUCCUUUUGUUGUAUCCCUACUUUUUGUAAGCGUAGCGAGAGUGUUAGUGCAUAGGAACUUUGUCAAUAAUCAAGAAUCAGUUGUGAUUUAGUGAUGGAAGUUGGUAGUAGAACUGAAAAAAUAAGCAAACCAAGUCCAAGAAUCUUUGUUUGGUCAUCACCAACUAAUCGUCCACCUGGUUUUCUUCUUUAACAAGGUGAUAAAUUGGUGUUUUGUUGUUUUGAUCGAGGUGCGUUAAAGCUGGUCCAGACAGUACAGUUAUAAAAAAAGAUGGAUUUUUUCAAUUCUUUUAAUGGGGUUUAUGAGGACUAUGGGAGGUUUGGGGGGUCAUCAUCUUCAUCAUUGAUAUUGGAUAAUGAGAGUGGUGAGCUUGUUAAGGCACUAGUGAAGCCAGGGCAAAAAGGGGUUAAUCCAGAAAAAGCUUUGAUUGCAUUGAAGAAUCAUAGUGAAGCUGAAAGGAGGAGGAGGGAAAGAAUUAAUGGUCAUUUGGGUACUCUUAGGAACCUUAUACCUGGUACUAAUAAGAUGGACAAGGCCGCUUUACUUGCCAAAGUCAUCGGCCACAUAAAAGAAUUGAGAAUGAAUGCAGCAGAAGUUACCAAAGGUGUUCUAGUUCCAACAGACAUUGAUGAAGUAAAAGUUGAACAACAAGCAGAGGGAUCUGACGGAGCCACUUAUUCUGUCAAGGCAUCUUUGUGCUGUGACUAUAAGCAUGAGCUUAUUUCUGAUCUGCGACAAGCUCUGGAUACUCUCCCCCUAAAAACUCUGAGGGCAGAGAUUGCUACAUUAGGGAGCAGAAUGAUUAGCGUUUUCGUGAUUACUGAGGGCAAUGAAGGGAAUAUUGAGGAUAUUGAAAGGUGCCAGCUUCUUGUAACUUCAGUUCGUCAAGCUUUGAGGUCAGUGCUUGAUAAAUUUUAUGCAUCCGAGGAGUUCUCUUCGAGAAGUACACUAUCAAGCAAGAGGCGAAGAAUUUCACUCCUCAAUUCUUCGAGCUCAUCUUCUGUAGGGGAUUUCUGGUGAAUAAUGUGUCUUAGUUACUGCUUUUCUUUAUCUACUAUAUAUAAUGUAUUACGUAGUGAUCACAGUUUAAUGGCAUAUGUCUUAGCAUGCGUAUCCUCUUAUAAAAUGUAUGUGCAUGCUACUACAUAUGCCUGCAUUUGUAAAUGGAGAAUGUGUUGCACUAAGUUGCAAACAGUAAAAAUAUAAGGAAAUUAGUCUGAUGUAACCGCGAUUAUAGUUACUUCGCUUUCCUGAUGUCCGAGCCAGAAAAAUUAUAUACAUAAUUACAGAUGUUGCAGAUUCCUUUAAAGAAA